GAGGGCUUGUCACAGACGUGAGAGCUCCUCCGGUGCUUUAUUGCCACUAAAAUAGUAGUUCCUGGAUUUUCGGGAACUUUCUAGAAGGGACCAAGCAAGGAAAGUUUCGAGGAUUUUUCUCGCUUGAGAUUCCAUGAAGAGCUCAAGUAGAGAUUCAUUUCGGCGGGUUUUAUUUAGCAAAUGAAGCUCAAAUUAAGUCGUGCUGAUGAAGUGAUCCUAUGUUUGGUUGGUGUUAGGUGAACUGCGUCGUCAAUCCACUGAAAGUUAGCUCUAAGCCAUACGCGGUUCUCGUACUCCUCUUCACAUGUUGUCACGAGGGUGCACAGAUCAUAUCAAGGAAAGACCGACGCAUCGGUGUUAGUUAGCGAGAGAAUCUGCAAGUCUGGUACAUUGUUGACAGACAAUAAGAGGGUUGGGAAAUCGUCUGAGGAGCAUGAAUGCUAGAAGAAUUCCACUGUCGGCGUUGAAGCGAAGUCCGGCAUGAGAUUGAGGAUUUCGCUUCGAUGAAAUGCGUGAAUACUUUUUUCGCUUUUACUAAGAUGAGAGCUGGAUGAGUUUUAGGGUUGAGAGCAAAGGAAGGAAAGGAUGGUCAGUAUAGCUGAAUGCUUUGUAAUCAUGUUUGUUCCGUGUUGAAGUUUUGGAGGUUUUGGAAAUCGAGAGAAUGAGCAGGAAGGGGAAGUCAUGGAUGGCAAAUGCCGCCAAACAGAGUAAUGAAUGGAGGGCGGGAAGCUGAUUUAGAAGUAGGGUUGUACCCGCGCAGGUUACGAAGGAAGAGGUCGCUCACGCUUGUUCAGAAGAUGUCGCUCGUAAGCAGGCGCUACCAAAAGCUCCCGGUACCGUGUGUGGUCUGCCUCUCUUUGGCUGUGAGUGCUAUUCUUUUCGCUCUAGUUUUCAUGUACAAUGAAGCUUUCGGGACUCAGUUUGCGAACGUCAGAACUAGCAGCCGUUUGUUCUCAGAGCACAAUUCCCCUUACACGAGUUUGCAGAAUCUUGUGAUCGUAGACGGACACUCAGUCUACACGAGAUCAAAGUGCGACAACUCAGAGGAAGAAAAUUCUUGGUUACUGAAGCCCUGCCAGAUUCAUCCUGGUCAGGCAGACAUUUUCGUGAACCACAUCAAGGCGGGUGUAGAAACAGCCGCUGGAAUUGAAGACGCUUUGCUUUUAUUCAGCGGAGGUGAGACAACAAAGGAUGCAGGACCUCGCAGCGAAGCGCAAAGUUAUUGGAACUUGGCAGAAUCGAAAGACUGGUUUGGGAGGAGGGAGAGCAUGCGAUGGCGGGCUCUUACUGAGGAGUUCGCUCGAGACAGUUUUGAGAAUCUUCUGUUUAGCGUAUGUCGUUUUCGGGAGCUAACGGGGCACUACCCCACGAAUAUCACCGUCGUGAGCUGCGAUCUCAAACAGCGGCGGAUUAUGGAUCUCCAUCGCCCUGCUCUACGGUUCCCAGAAUCUCAGUUCUCAUUUGUAGGCAUUCAGUCAUCCCCUACUUCCAAGGAUGCAGCGAUUAAUGAAGAGAGUAAAGUUUUAAACAUGUUCCAAGAGGAUCCGUAUGGCUGCAGAGGAGAGUUGCGAAAGAAGAGAAUCUAUCGGGAUCCGUUUCUCCGCACACCGCCUUAUCCUGUUGGUUGUCCUGAAAUGCGAGGCUUGUUCGGUUAUUGUGCUUCUGAAUAUUACAUUGGGAGCCUUCCUUGGACUCAUUAAUCACGCAGAGGACUGCAAAACUGGCCUCUUCAGCAUGCGCUGGAGCUAUUCAGAUCGGGAACCUCCUUAACUUUAAAUAGACAAAGGAGAGCUACGAUCUCAAACAGCUAUGAGCUCAAACAGUUCCAUUCGUUCAGAGGAAGCAGGGAUGAGAGUGGAUUUGGCGAGCACCUUCCAGCACUUCAGAACCCUGACUUCGGUUUAGGCGCCUUUUCACCUCCGUCUUCACACCGAACUUUCGUUGGAGUUUUUGAAGUCUACCAAGUUGAGAAUGAACUGGUUCAGCUGGAGGACGGCUGCAGAUUCAAGAGUACUCACUACAAAAUCCGCCAGAGGUGAUAUUGCGAAGAUAGGCUCGAAAAAUUCUCUGGUGCUCACACUUUGCAGUCAAUUAUUUUAGAGUAUUGCCAUACUGAUGGGACAAGGAAACACUGGCAGAUGUAGACCUGGAGCAUUAGUACAUCGAUUUUCCAGCAAUGUUGUAAUAAGCCAUAGCCCAUGAUAAUACAUUACAGACUAUUUCGCUCA